CAGUACUUUGAACAGGUUUCCUUGCAAGAAUCAAAUGUUGUUCUCAGCAAGAGCGCUGGCAGACUAGGCGGGGAGAGCGACAGAGAAGGAGUGGAAGGUUACUUCUUUCGUGGCUGCAAUGCACUCUGAGUUUGGAAGCUUUCUGCAGAUGGAUGGAUGUGCUCGAGGCGUCACAUCCCACUACCUUUGGUUGCAAGCUUCGUGCUCAUUCAGUUAAAACCAUCGCACCCUGAAGCACUUGCGGAAAUCAGUGAGGGCAGGAUCCUGCACACCUUCUGGAAAGGGGACUCUUCUAGAUGGAGACUGCUCAUACUCUGACCUUGCAGCAGCCAGCUGCGGCAUUGACUAAGAGCCAACAUGCGCCUGCUUCUGGCACUCAAAUUGGGACCAGCGAAAGUUCUUGCAAUGGCCGUUCAUACAGGUGCUGUAGCCCUGCACUUGUUCUGCAUGGAGGACAAGCAUGGAAGCUGAGCAGUCCCGCCGGAAGCAAAUCUACCAAUCAGCCAGAGUCAAAAUCAGAAGGCAGACCUGGUUUCGCAAGGACUUUUGUGACUCUGGUUCAGAAUGUCGGUGAAAGUGACCAAUUUCAAAGAUGCCGGGCGCGGGCAGGGGCUAAGAAUGGAGGCUGUGGCAGAUCUGCUGAGCACCAAGCACUGGCCUUGCUUAUUCAGUGCAGCAUGUUUGGCAGACACACUGGCCACACCCAUGGCAAGCGGUGGUGGCCCUGCCUGGCCCCCCAGGCGGGGUCUCGGCAGCAAUUGCUGCGCACUGUCUCACUCACUGCAAUCUUGAAUGCAACUGUGCUGGCGCUGAAAGAGAAACUGGAGGCAUUGGGUGGGGGAGGAGGACCGUCAGGAGGGGAUGGAUGGGGUGGCCCUGUAUGGAGGUGGAGGGACGAUAGCUCGGGGGACAACGGGGAGGCAGGCAAGGGACAAGGGGGCGUGGCGGAGCAGGAAGAAGACGAGGAGGAAGAGGAGGAGGAGGGGGUGGGGAGCUGGGCCAAAAUGCAGCCUGCGUUCGCACACAUUGGCGGGGUUCAUGGCAGGGGAUACGAGCCAAAAGGGAAGGACGGUGAUGAGGACGAGGGGGAAGAGGGGGAAGAGGACAUUGACGGAGACUUUGACGUAGAAGAAAAGAGCACAGGGAAAGAGAAGGAAAUAGAGGGAGAGAGCGAGGCAGCGGUGCCGAGACAAUCAAAGUUGAGACCAAAGAGAGUAUACUCUGACUUACCACCCAACUUCGUGGAAGUUUCAGCGAGAAAAGAUGCUGAGGCAGAGGAAGCAAUCGGAGAAGAUGGGGCGGAUGAUGUAGAUAUUGUGAGCGAGGGGACUGAAGGGUCCGACUUUCCGGCGGGCUUUGUGGAGAAUGUAGAUGUGAGAGUUGUUCCCCCUGCCUCAGCAUCUCCUGCGCCGGAGAAACGAACUUUGAAGCUGGUGUCAGAUGCCCCCAAAGACGAGCCGCUGGUGGAGGAGGAACCGCUGGAGCGGAGAGGCUCCUCACCUGCCCAUGCUGUGGAGAAUUGGGUCUCAGGGGUCUUUGGAGCUUUGCUUGGACGGCGAACAGGGGCCCAGCCUGCACCAGAUCUAGAACUGCUUGAUGCGCAGAGCACUGCACAGAGAGUGAUUGAGCUGCUAACAACACAACAGGGUGACGACUCCCUGGCCAUGCGAGGAGAUAUCAAUGCGCUGCGGCGAUUGCAACGGGAGACAUUUGCGCAGCUUCUGGAGAUGCGGGACCGCUUGAGCAAGCUCGAGUUCCACACGGGCCUGCGCCACACUCGCGGCAAGGCCGCCCUCCCCGCAUUCGCGUCCCACCUGUCCGGCAAGACCAAGGUCAGCGGCGAGGUCAGCAUUGGGGUGGGCCUGCUGGCGCUGGACGAGGACCAGAGCCGCCCCACCAAGCGCAGCCUCGACCACGCUGCGCUGCGCACCGGCACCGACGUGCGCAUCAACCUGGAGACGCCGUUCCGCACCACAGACCUGCUCAUGACGCAGCUUGCGGCGGGGGACUCGCACGGGGCCGGCGCGGCGGGGGGGAGCGUGCUGGCGGUGAAGAAAGUCAUGUACCGGACGCAGCUGACGGAUUGGCUGUGCCUGCGCGUGGCGGCCACGGGCGCGCAGGGCGCUGACAUGGCGGAGGCGCUCAACCCGCUGGAGGGGCAGGGCCUGACGGCGCUGACGUCAGCGGGGAGCGCGCUGCACCGUCGGUGCAUGGGGGCGGCGGUGGCGGCCACGGCACGGACCAACGACUGGAGCUGGCUUACGGUGGGGCACUUCGUGAGCGGGUGGGGCCCCGGCAGCAGCGCGGAGGAGCCGCUGUGCCACGCAACGCUGGGGCAGGUCACGCUUCGGCCCGCGCCAGAGUGCGCGCUCGCUGUGGUGGCACUCAACCGGCACUGGCCGGCGCCCAGCCUGCCGUCUGGGACAGGCCUGCAUUGGAGCGAGCUGGGCCCUCUCCUGGUGCCGCGCAUCCGCGCGUCAUCCCCGGCUCCUGCUACCAACGGCGAGUCGAUGCGCGACAGCUACGAGUCGUCGUCCUCCAGCAUGAACGGCACGGGGGACACCUGGGCCGGUGUGGGGCUGCCUCGACUGCACGGCCACUCGCUGCGGUCGUACGGCUUUGCCGGGGCUGUGGCGGCGGGCGAGCUGGCCACCUUCUCGGGGUGGGCCCACAUGGACCAGACCUCCUCGGGCCGGGGGCCUCAGCGUGGCGUGCAGUGGGGGGUGACGCUGUCGGGCGUGCCGGACUCCCCCGGGGUGGGCUGGGGGCUGUCAGUGGGGUCCACGCAGCCGGAACCGUGGGUGCGGCCAGCCGACCUCAGGGUGGGGAAGGCGGAACCCAAGGGGUCGCAGACGCAAAUGGAGGCGUUCUUGAAUCUGACCACCGGCAAGGGCUUCACGCUGACACCGGGAGCAGUGAUGAUCAAAGAAGGGCAGCGGGUGACGGGGCCUGCGUUCAUGCUGAGGAGCACCUGGGCGUUUUGAAGCUCUAGGCGGAUUCACAUGCACCACGGGUCCGUUUCAAUGUCGAAGUUGGCUGGGUUAGUCAAAAAGUACAGAAUAUGCAGCCGGGCCACUUCGAGAUUCCCAAUGAAGCAGACUCAGGGGAGCUUUGGCAUUCGACAAUCUGUGCUUGGGUCUACUGUGCGCGUAGCCUAGUUACAUUACAGUCGGACACUGAGAUGAGAUUUCUAGGCAGCCGUUAUGGUACACCGUACAUUGUGCUUGACUCUAGUAUUAGAUAUUGCGAGCGGUCUUGUAUAGAUUGUGCGAAUUGCGGCCGGGCCUGCUAGCAUUGCUGCAGCUUUAUUGUACAGAUCUGUGGACGCCAUAUGAAUUGGCAUGGUCCAAGUUGAUUGCGCCCGGGCCUGCGGCAAAAUUAGAUGCGGG